AUGGUUCUUCUUGGAGGAAAAGGAUUCCCACAAUUCUGCGGACGUGAAAAAUGUCCUAGGGAGGAUAGAAAUAGAAAUUCACAACAAUCUUCUGACAAUAAUGAUACUCAAACGAGUUCAUCUGUCGUUACUGACGCAACUACAAUGAUUAGCAAUCUUCAUGAAAACAUUGAAGAAGUUGAUACUAUCGUUGAAGUACCUUCGGCUACGCGUACACCACCCUCAUUAAUAACAUCAACUCCUGCAUCUGUUGAUCAACAACAACAGCCGGCACAACAAUCGCGAGGUCAGCAUAUUAUUAUUAAAAAACCUUUAUGGAAUAUUGAAGAAGAAAUUGAAUUGGUUAAUUAUGUUUGUGACAAUUAUAAGUUAUUUAGUAAGAAUAGAAAAUUAUUUUGGAGGGAAUUUAGUAAAGAUUGUGGACAAAUUCUCCAUUAUCCAAAAUCAAUCUAUUCUUGUAAAUCUCAAUUUUAUGCUCUUGUCGCUCAUCAUCAAAAUGAUGAUCUGUAUAAUGCGAUUGAAAGAUAUCUUGAUCUGAAAGAAGGUUUAUUCUUUUCAAAAAAUCUACCUAAUCCUUCAAUUCAUGACGAAACUAGUUCGUUUUCCUCUCAACAGAAAUUUUUACAACCAGCUGCAGCGGCAGGUUCUUCAAAUAAACCUCUGGCUAAUGUCUUAUCACCAAAAACUCCACGUGAACUAACUCAGUCUACUUCAUCGCAAGUGGUGGUUCUUACCAAAGCUUCUUUGGAAACUAAUAUUGUAACAGGUCCGGAUCCAAGAGAAAUAUCCUCCUCAGUAUCGCCACAGCACAAUAUUAGGUCCGAAGGCGAUGAUCGUUUAUCAGGAACCACUUCUCCUAUCAUUAAUACAUAUUCAUCUAAUCCUGAAAGUGUGGUUGAUAUUUUACCAGCAAAUAUUUCUCAAACGGCUGUUUCCAUCUAUGAUAAUCAUGCAUCAUCAUUGACAAUUGGUUCGUCCACUUCUUGUAAUGAUUUCGCUUAUUAUAUGGAAAAUAUUCGCCAGCAAAUCUUUGCCGCUCAAGAUUAUUUAAAUAGGGAAAAGUCUCGAGCAGGAGAACAAAUUGAUCCUUUAAAUGAGGUUCAUCAUCUUUUCAUCCAAUUGGAAAAUCGAUUGCAGAAAAUGAUGGUGAAAGAAUUGUAG